AUGAAAGAUGGCAUGACUCAUCAUGAGUAUAAGUCAAACCAAGCUGAAAACUACACGAAUAGAAACGAAACUGAAGGGCAAGAGGUUGUCGGUGCAAAGACUGAAACUGCAGCACCUGAAAACAAAGGUGAAGCAGAGAAAUCUGGUCCUGCAAUGAAAAAGGACAGCGAGAAUCCACCACCGCCAAAAGUUCACAUAAGGCCAGAGGUUAUCCCUGCAAAUGAGAUUGGAGUCACAUUUGCAGACAUUGGUGCAUUGGAUGAUAUUAAAGAAUCACUUCAGGAGUUGGUGAUGCUCCCACUUCGAAGACCAGACCUUUUCAAAAGGGGGCUUCUUAAGCCUUGUAGAGGCAUAUUGCUUUUUGGUCCUCCUGGCACUGGAAAAACAAUGCUGGCAAAAGCCAUUGCAAAUGAAGCGGGAGCAAGUUUUAUCAAUGUCCCGAUGUCCACCAUCAUUUCAAAAUGGUUUGGAGAAGAUGAAAAAAACGUCCGAGCUCUGUUCACAGUUGCGCCUGACCAUGACAGAAGGUUACAGUGGCAUUGA